GGUCUCCUAUGUCUGUACAAUGGGAGAGAGCAAGGAGAUUUGUGCACGGGGGCCCACUCCACCCACAGAGCUGGAUCUGUGCAUUGGAGGUGUGUGGAGAGCAGUUCCAGGUGACUUAGGGGACAGAGCUCUCAGUCUAUCGCCUCCCUCUCCCCAGGGGCCGCCUUAGGGACCCCCAGGAGGGAAAAAUGCCUUCUCCUGCCCGGAGGCGUCUCCUUCGAGCCGGCGCCGGCGCCAGUCCGGGUCUCCAUGGCCUCGCCCCAGGCAGUUCGGCCCGUUGGUCUGCGAAGGCCACGCCCGGGAAGGGGACGCCCCCUCCCCCUCUCUGGAGCCGCCAGCCAGGCCACCUCCACCCGGUCAAGCACAGUCCUAAACGGCCUCUUGUCCGAGGCCCAGGUGCCCACUCGAGCCCCGUAGUUCCUGCCCUUCACCGCUCCUGCUGUCUCGAAGCUGUCCUCCCAACCCCCUGCUCAGCCAUAGCCCGAGUCGGGGGAGGGAACGGCCUGGGAGUCGCGAGCUGGCGCCAGGGCGGCCGGAGGAUGCCGAGGGGCCGGAGCCGGGCGGGCCUGAGGCCGAGGCGCGCGCUGUCCCCCGCUCCUACUCCGUGAGCCCAGCCGCCUGAAGCGCCGUUCCUGAGCCCGCCACUCCCGGGGCUCCCGCCGGUGCUGAACCUCCGUCCCCGAGGCCGUGGCCCCCCUCCCUGCGGCGUUGCGUGUGGACGCCGCCACCGCCUCGGCCCAGAUCCCGAGCCUCCACUCCCGGCCAUGGAGGUGGCGCCGGAGCAGCCGCGCUGGAUGGCGCACCCCGCCGUGCUGAACGCGCAGCACCCUGACUCGCACCAUCCGGGCCUGGCGCACAACUACAUGGAGCCCGCGCAGUUGCUGCCUCCCGACGAGGUGGACGUCUUCUUCAACCACCUGGACUCGCAGGGCAAUCCCUAUUACGCCAACCCAGCCCACGCGCGGGCGCGCGUCUCCUACAGCCCCGCGCACGCCCGCCUGACCGGAGGCCAGAUGUGCCGCCCACACUUGUUGCACAGCCCGGGGUUGCCCUGGCUCGAUGGGGGUAAAGCAGCCCUCUCCGCGGCUGCAGCGCACCACCACAAUCCCUGGACCGUGAGCCCCUUCUCCAAGACGCCGCUGCACCCUUCAGCUGCUGGAGGCCCCGGAGGCCCCCUCUCCGUGUACCCAGGGGCAGGGGGUGGGAGUGGGGGAGGCAGCGGGAGCUCUGUGGCCUCCCUCACUCCCACUGCAGCCCACUCUGGCUCCCACCUCUUCGGCUUCCCACCCACUCCGCCCAAGGAAGUGUCCCCUGACCCCAGCACCACUGGGGCUGCCUCCCCAGCCUCCUCUUCCGCAGGGGGUAAUGCAGCCCGGGGGGAGGACAAGGAUGGGGUCAAGUACCAGGUGUCACUGACCGACAGCAUGAAGAUGGAAAGCGGCAGUCCCCUGCGCCCAGGCCUGGCUGCCAUGGGCACCCAGCCUGCCACACACCACCCCAUCCCCACCUACCCCUCCUACGUGCCCGCCGCUGCUCACGACUACAGCAGCGGACUCUUCCACCCCGGAGGCUUCCUGGGUGGCCCUGCCUCCAGCUUCACCCCUAAGCAGCGCAGCAAGGCACGCUCCUGUUCAGAAGGCCGGGAAUGCGUCAACUGUGGGGCCACAGCCACCCCUCUCUGGCGGCGGGACGGCACCGGGCACUACCUGUGCAACGCCUGCGGGCUCUACCACAAGAUGAAUGGGCAGAACCGGCCACUCAUCAAGCCUAAGCGGAGACUGUCGGCCGCCAGGAGAGCCGGCACCUGUUGUGCAAAUUGUCAGACGACAACCACCACCUUAUGGCGCCGAAACGCCAACGGGGACCCUGUCUGCAACGCCUGUGGCCUCUACUACAAGCUGCACAAUGUGAACAGGCCGCUGACCAUGAAGAAGGAAGGGAUCCAGACUAGGAACCGGAAGAUGUCCACCAAGUCCAAGAAGAACAAGAAAGGUGCAGAGUGCUUCGAGGAGCUGUCCAAGUGCAUGCAGGAGAAGGCCUCCCCCUUCAGCGCCGCCGCCCUGGCUGGACACAUGGCGCCCGUGGGCCACCUCCCACCUUUCAGCCACUCGGGACACAUCUUGCCCACCCCAACGCCCAUCCACCCCUCCUCCAGCCUCUCCUUUGGCCACCCCCACCCAUCCAGCAUGGUGACCGCCAUGGGCUAGGGACGGCCCCCCACAAAUGGACGGAUGGAUGCCGAGGAGGGUGGCCUGCGGUGCGAGGCUGGGCGCCCCUAGGCAGGGUGGGGUGGGGGCAAACCCUAAGCUGCCUGCCCUUCCCUGAAGACUGAUGGCACUCCCGCCAGCCCAGUCGGAGCCCCAAGCUGCCUCUCCUGUGGGCGCUCCACUCGGCCGUCGGCGGUCACGGUGAAGAUCCUCACCCAGGCUGGGGGGCGGCCUUGGCCCGGCUUCCUGCCCAGGUGGGGUUUCCAUCACGGACGAUUGUUUGGAGAACAGAACGGACAACUUUUUGAAGAGAAAAGGAGGGAGGCAGGGGAUAAAUGAAGAAGACCGUUUUUGGGAGGAGAAGGGAGUAGGCAAAAGUAAUUUAUUUUGCUCUUGUUUCUAACAAGGACUGGGAGACUUGGAGGUCCGAGCUGCCCUAGGUUCUCUGGGUCUUUUUGCGCCAAGUACCGCUUGGCCCACCUGCUUGCUAGGGCUCUGGGGGCAGGUGUGCGGGGCCCUCGGCCCGCACCAUCCCCUCUGGCUUCCCUCUCUGAAACAGCUGGAGCUCAGGUUGGGCUGAGCCAGUAUAGCCGGACCACCACCGGCCCGGGGAGGCUGAGCGGUGUGUGCCCUGGCAGCCCGGCCCUGGAGGGCAGAGACAAUCAUGGGCGGUCCUGCGCAGAUUCCCAGGCCAGGGCUGGGUCACAGGAAGGAAACAACAUUUUCUUGAGAGGGGAAAUGUCUCCCAGAUCGCUCCCCUGGCUCUGAGGCCGAAGCUGGUGUGACCCGUGUCCCCUUAACGAGCCUGAGCCACAGCCUGACUCCUCUGCCAGGUGGACCCCUGUACAUAACAUCCUUUUUCUGCUCACCCCUCGACCCCCUUCCCUCCCAUUCUGAGACAAAAGAAAAAAAAAAAAAAAUAUAUAUAUAUACAAAAGACUGCAUAAGCUUAACUCGCUGAGGAGUUAGUUGUUUUAUUUUUAAACUCAUUUUGGGUCCAGUCAAUUGUACGUUGCCACGGAAGCCCUUGCUGUGGAAAGGAAUAAAACCUACAAACCAAGGCUGUAGCUUCGCAAUUAUUUUUGGAAAAGUUCUUGGAUCCCACAGCCCUCGAACGGGGGGCUGGGGGCCUGGGGAGGGGCUUUGGCUGCUCUUGGCCUCCAGGGGCUGGUCUGGCAGGUGGCAGAGGCAGGAGUUGGGGGGUGGGUCCAGGGAGAGGCCACGACCCUGCCGGGGUCCCUGGAGACGCCUGGGUUGUGCUCUGCUUUGCUGUGGCUGUCUGGAUCCUUCCCAAGGUACAGCUGUACAUAACCGUGUCCGAGCUUAGAUUCUGUAUGCGGAGGUGGUGGGGUGCGGCGGCCGGCGAGGGCCGGCCCAGGACCAGGAUUGUGCUGAUGUAGUCGACCAAGUGCAAUAUGGGUAGGCGAUCGCUGCGGGGGCACCACAGCCAGAAGUAACUUAUUUUGUACUAGUAUCCGCAUAAGAAAAAGAAUCCGCAGUAUUUUCUGUUUUUAUGUUUUAUUUGGCUUGUUUUAUUUUGGAUUAGUGAACUAAGUUAUUGUUAAUUAUGUACAACAUUUAUAUAUUGUCUGUAAAAAAAUUGUAUGCUAUCCUCCUAUUCCUUUGAAGUGAAUACUGUUAAGAAUAAUAAAAUACUUUUUGUGAA